CUGAUGUGAACAAUGUUGAUACAGAUGAAGCUAAUGCUGACGAAGCUGAUACAGACAAAGCUGAUGCAGAUGAAGCUAUUGCAGCUGAAGCUGAUACGGACGUAAUUGAGGAUGAAGCUACUGUGAACAAUGUUGAUGUGAACAAUGAAGCUGAUGUAGACAAA